AUGGAAAAGGUAAAAGCUUUGUACCGGAAAAAGGAGCUGGGAGUGUCCAAAUCCACAAAAUCAAGACUAGUAUACGUUCUGGCAAGUGAAUCGUUCCUCAUAGGGGACAUAAGAAAGAAAUUCCUUCUUCCAAGUACUAUGGCCUCGGAAAAAUUACUAGCGAAACUAAUCAAAGAGAGGCAAGAGAUAGGGUCGGAAUUCCAUACAACAGGAGCCAUAAUUGAUCGCACUUGGACGGAUGUAAACAUUCAAAAGGCACGUGUCAUCAGAAGUGUCUCAGAUCACGGCUUCCACAUAUACUUAGCAAAAGCACGAACUCUCACUAGCUCGAUGAGCAAUGCAGAUGCAAGCUUUGUUUAUGAAAUGGCUGAUGGGAAUUAGGGCCUAAUACUGGCGACUUGUCCAGGACAUGAACAGGAUGAGGUACGAGUGCAUAGAGCACAUCUUGCCAGAAAUGUUGACUGCAAAAAACAGCUGUGUGAAAUACAGUCCUCAGUAAAAUUUCCUGACAACUCCCAGAGGUGCAUAAUGGAGAAUCCAGAGCAUUCAGAGAAAGCUUGCCAGCAAGUGCAAGUGACAUGCAUUGAGCAUUUAUGAUAUGUAAUAAUAAGAAAGCUCUAAAAUUUGUUCAGCUC